UCUUUAUUUUAAAGCCCGCAAACGAAUGUAUAUCUCACUUUUACUCCUGCAAUUGCCGCCCAUAUGCAAAAAGUACAUUCAGUCCCGUACUUGACUGCCAUGAGUGCUCGUUGAGCGGACGGGCUGCCGCUGCUGCGGCUGCGGGAGUGCGGGACGCCGGCUGGAAGGCGUUUAAACGCCACCGAACCACGUCGCGCGUCCCGUUUCUGCCGGAACGUACUUUUCUCACAUUGCUCCGACUUUCCUGUUGGAGCGCGGCCGUUCUGAUGGGACGUGUUGGCAAUUAGCGUGUGGCACAUUCCUCGCACCGCCAGGCGUUGUGGUGCACGAGCAGCACCGGCUGGAGCCAAAAAGUCAGUGGAUCGGGUAAAUAAUUAAGGAGCAGCUCCUGAUACUCAGGUCUUUCUCCUCUUCGGGCCCGCGAGGCUGCUCCCGCCCCCCGAGCUUUGAUGCCCACACGUUUUGAGGCAGGUGCACAGACACAGGCAUGAGUAACAGUGGGACCAGAGAGCCGUCUCCCCAGCCCAGCACGGCCCAGUCUCCUCCUGAGCCCCAGCGCCGGGGCAGGGGUCGGCCCCGCAAGCAGCAGCAGGAGCCCGUUGGGCCGCCGACUCCAAAGCGACCAAGAGGACGACCCAAAGGCAGCAAGAACAAAGGGCCCAGAGCUGCACUGAAGAAAGUCGAGCCUGUCGGCGAGAGACGGCCGCGUGGGCGACCGAGGAAAUGGCCCCAGAAAGUAGUUCAAGAAGCACCUGAGGAGCAGCAGGGCCCGUCGGAGGAGGCCGAGGAGGGCCCGUCGCAGGCCGAGCCCUCGUCAUCUCAGGUUCCAGCCCAGGAGGAAGGGGAGUAGUGGGACAGCUACCUCAAACAAAGCGGGGUAAAGCCUGGCUCCUCGUCUACGACGGGGACUCAGGAACACACACAUAAAUCAAAACGAGACAAGAGAGAUCAGACUUUAGUUUCUUCUCCAGCGGGAUUUUCUUCAGAUCUGAUGUUGUACCGGGAAUAUGGCGAUUCGCGAGUUCGGUGAACAGACUCCGUUUUAAAGAAUUUGAUGGUUAUCAGUGACAUUUAAAGGAAAUAGAUGUUGGGGAAAUAACUUUCACGUCUGCGUGUUCAAAAUGCAGCCAGAAGCCGAUUAGCUCAGCUUAGCACAAAGUCGAGAAGCAGGGAAACGGCCGUCUGCCUCAGAUGGACGUCCACAAUCUACCUACUAACAUCCACUAAUAUCUCUCUAUUCUAUUUAAUGUGUAAAAAGGUGUAAAAAAAAAAAGGUGCAUCUGAGUUUUAAAGAUCAACUGUUUGUUAUCGCUAAGCAGAAUCCACCCAGCUGUUUCCCUGAACUUCCAGUCCUUUAUGCAAAGCUGCUACUGUGAAGCAUAUUUUCCAAAAAAAAGGCCUAUUUCUUUAAACCUAACUUAUUGAAACGUGUUUCUAACUCAUGAAAUCGGAGCAAGACGUUGACUUUUUUUUUUUUUAGCAAUGUUACAAAUAGACACACGCGCUGACGCUCUUAUUGUGAAAGUAGAUGUGAAGGGUUUCGUUCCAAAGUGCAGGAUCUGACUGAGCUCAACGCUCGAAGGCAAACGUGAAGGACGGCAUUGGCUCGAACAUCAGUGCGAGCACAAGACUGUUCAUUAUCCUGGUGAAAUGAAUCAUUUUCCUACCAAGCAGUAGCUUGUUUAGGACCGGCUCAGUUGGAUUUGUCGUUUUGGAAAGACACCUUUCAUAAAUACUGUAGUCAACAACCGUGUUGACGUGUCAUUUUGCCACACUCAGGAUUUUACUAUUACAGUGCUUUUACACCAUAUCGAAACCUCAGGUACAAAAGUAUUCAGGAAAGCGUUGUCAGUCUGCUCCGUAAUAAUUGUUGUGCGGUGUUUGUUGUGUUUCUGAUCUGUAUUUGACAUUACCAGUAUGCCUUGACACAGAGACCUCAUGUAAACCUCAGUUAGACGCUCUCCUUCUACCUCAGUAACACGCAGGACAGACGAUCACCAGCAAACGGAUCCUCGUAUGAGGUUCACGUAUGACGUACAACACAGGCACGCGGUUUCAGCUCCACACGCAAACACGGGCACGUCACGCUCCAGCAGAGGAGUCCAACAAAAAGCAGCGGGGUCAUUUUUAAAAACUGUAAAGUGAGGUUUGUUCCCACGGGAAAUAAAACGCAGCCCAUAGUUUACAACAACUUGAUGAAAUACUUGCUUUUUAGGUGUAGUUUGAAAUAUUAGUUGAAUUAUUUUUGUCUUUCUUUUUGGCAGUUUUGUUACUCCUUUCUGAUUUUUAUUACAUCAUGUGUUUUCUGACUCUUACACUGUAAAUUGUAUGUGUGACACUCUCUUAAUUCAUGUGAUAUGAAAGGAAGGGCAGCAAAAAACCUCGCAGUGCAGAAAUAAAUGACAGGUAUUACUUUGAGAGAAUCACUAACGAAAUUGUGGGUAAUAACUAAAUAAAAAAGGACAGAGAAUAUAACUUUUACAUUAUGUAUUAGGUGGCAUCUAUGUACUGUAGAUGUAGCAGCAAAACCUUUUUACUUUGUAUGUUUUCUCUUUUGUUUUGUUUGUCUGAGCGACCGUCUUCCAUUAAAUAACAACCCAUUCAUA